GUUGGGUCGCGGAGGCAGUUGGAGGAGUGUGUGGGUUCUCCUGCCCGGCAGCCACGGAGCGCCCGCCGCUAGUCCGUCCCGGUCGCCGCGUCCCGCGUGGUGCAGGCUGCCCCGCUGAGCGGCGGCGGGAGCUGACGGACGCGCCUCCCGGCACGCCAGGCUCGACGCUUCCCUUCGCCCGCACUUCCUCCUGCCGCAGCGCCGUGCCGGCUGGGCGGGCGGGAUGGCGGCCCGGGGAAGCUGCCGGGCGCCGACGCGACGGCUGCUCGUGCUCCUGCUGCUUCCGCUGCUCUGGGCCCCAGUUGGGGUCCGCGCCGGCCCCGACGAAGACCUGAGCCACCGAAAUCAGGAGCCGCCGGCGCUCGCCCAGCAGCUGCAGCCGCAGCCCGCGGCAGUGCAGGGCCUCGAGCCGGCCCGGGCCGAGAAAGGACUUACACCAGCCGCCCCAGUUCAUACCAACAGAGAAGAUGCAGCUACCCAGACGAAUCUGGGAUUUAUCCAUGCAUUUGUCGCUGCCAUAUCAGUCAUCAUAGUGUCUGAACUCGGCGACAAGACAUUUUUCAUAGCAGCCAUCAUGGCGAUGCGCUAUAACCGGCUGACUGUGCUGGCUGGUGCCAUGCUUGCUUUGGCCUUGAUGACAUGCUUAUCGGUUUUGUUCGGCUAUGCCACAACAGUCAUCCCCAGGGUGUAUACCUACUAUGUUUCAACUGCACUCUUUGCCAUUUUUGGCAUUAGAAUGCUUCGGGAAGGUUUGAAGAUGAGCCCAGAUGAGGGUCAGGAGGAGCUGGAAGAAGUUCAGGCAGAGUUAAAGAAGAAGGAUGAAGAAUUCCAACGAACCAAACUCUUAAAUGGACCUGAUGUUGAAACUGGUACAAGUACAACAAUACCUCAGAAGAAGUGGUUGCAUUUUAUUUCACCCAUUUUUGUUCAAGCUCUCACUUUAACAUUCUUGGCAGAAUGGGGAGAUCGCUCUCAACUCACUACCAUUGUUCUGGCAGCUAGAGAGGAUCCCUAUGGUGUAGCAGUGGGUGGAACAGUGGGACACUGUUUAUGCACUGGAUUGGCAGUAAUUGGAGGAAGGAUGAUAGCACAAAAAAUAUCUGUUAGAACAGUGACAAUCAUAGGAGGCAUCGUUUUUCUGGCGUUUGCAUUUUCUGCACUAUUUAUAAGUCCAGACUCUGGUUUUUAAAAGGCUGUUCAUGUGUACUCAGCUUAAGAUAUGCAACUUUCUGUACAUAGUGUACAUUACAACUAAAAGUAAUGGAAAACACUGUAUUUUGUAGUAUUAAUUUGUAAGUUUGACCCAUUUAAUGAAGUAUUAUGUCCAAAAGAGAUAAUCAUUGAUUCUAGUUGUAAAAAAUUUAGAAGUCUGACUUCUAAAUGUGGGUUUUUCCUCUAGCCUAAUUAUGUUAACACCUCAUCCCUUAGGUCUGUUCUGCUACGUGUGUCCACUUGAGUUUUCUUGCAGCAUGACCCUUUUAUAAAUACAAUUUCUCCUUGGACACUGGGAUGUUUAUAUAUAUGUAUAUCUUAAACAUUUCCUUGGGGUAAAAAAUGAAAUAUUUCUACUUUUAAAACCAUAUUCCUGAGCCAGUAUAGUAAUCAGUAGUUUUGUCUUUUGGAAAUUAGGAUUAAAGAGAGAAAUAAGGUUUACUGUUGUAUUAAUAACAUGCUGUAAGAGUUGUUGGCUAGGUCCAUUCUCCCUCUUAUUUUUUUUAAUUGGGUAAGAUACCCAAUAUAAAAAUAGUCAAUAUUUGACAACAUGGACUUACCAAGUUAAAAGAGAAUACUAUGAAUGUAUUCCUAUUUUUUCUAUACUGAAUAAACAAUGUAACAGAUACAAUGUAAAUAAAAGUGGUAUGACUAGUACUUGGUUUUCCUUGUGUGUUAUACAAAAUACUUUAUAACUUACCAAAGCAGUAGUAGUAUUUCCUAUUUAUUAUAUUUACAUUCUGUUAUUUCCAAGAACUACUAUGCAGUUUAUUUCAGUCUAAAGUCAUCUCUUGAUCACAGCAACCUCAGUAGUCACUCAAGAGUGUGUUCUGACAAUACUGUGCUCCCAAUGUGUAUUCUAGUGUAACGUGGGAGCACUGCCAUUAAUAUUAUCUUUAAGUGUGAAGGCUGGUUCCUUUAUGGAAAUGUUCAGGUAUCCCUGUGUGGAACAUGAUAGAACAAUGUAGUUUAAUUGAGCGAUGACAGAUGUCCAGAAUGUAAUUUGAGGCUAUUGUGAAGAACCAGCUAAGUCACCUAACACUCUAAUGAAAAUUGUUGAAAGUUACUUUUUAGUUGUUAGCUAUUCUUCCAAAUAUUGUUAAACAGCAAAUACUGAUGAAUUCUUUUCUGCAAGCUUUUAAGGAGUUUUCUGAUUCCAUAAAAACUGUAGUACUAAAGGACAGAAAAACAGUUUCCAUGAAUUAAAACACUUUAUAAAGAAAUCCUCGUCCUGUCCCCACACUGCACCUUCUAUAUGAGUAGACCCGUGCAACUGUAGAGAGCAGCCAGCAGCGUAGCCCCAGGACUGGGUGAGGGUGAGCAUAACUGCUGAGAAAGCAGUCUCGUACCAGCAGGACAUUGUUUCUCUAAGUGGUAAUUAAAGUGUAAGCUACAAGGCAAACACUGCUAGCACAAUUAGGCCCCACUGUUGAAUAAAGAAAGGAAAAUGUCAUUGACAGAUUUAAAAACAU